AUGAUCUUCCCGCCUAUUUCUUCACGGAGAUGAAACCACGCACGUUUUUUUUUUUCACGCCCCAUCGUGGGCUUCCUCUUUCGCGACUCCCGCUCAAUCUCAGAUCCGCGGCCAGUUGCACUUCCUUUCCUGACCACGGGUGCUAAUGUGCAUCCCCUUUCAUCUCAAUUGCAGCAUUAAACAGGUUUUACAUGGAGGUGCUGACAUUUGUUGUGUCCCUGCAGUCAUGCGGUGAUGUCACGAGUCUGUCUGGUCCGACUUGUUUUAAAGCCUCUGUUGUCCAGGCGUGGCCCUUCCCUGCGCGGCUUACCUGCUGCACUUCGACAAGCGCCUAUACGUGUUGGAUUCACGAGACGGUCUUUCCCCAAGGAGAUUAUUUCUUCUGAAGAUCAUGGAAUAUGGAAGAGCGGCAUUGGCAGCAGAAGGGCAGCGAUGGUCCACAUGAGAUUUCCACAUAUGUGCAAUGGGCACUUCUGGUCUUCUGAUGUCCAAACCAGACAUCGAUUGCUGCAAUCUUUUCUCCACUAUGGUUUAGUGGACCUUCACAGGAGACAAUGACUUCCCUUCUUACAAAUGGGAAUCGAAACAGCCAGGCCCUGAACCUGCGAGGUGUGGACCCAGAGACAUGCACAAUUGUUUUCAAAAACCACUGGGCUCAGGUGGUGAAGAUCCUUGAGAAGCAUGACCCCCUGCGUGGCAACGGUAACACUGGCAGUAUUGGAGUCGGUGGCAGCAGCCUCCGCUUUGGCCCCAUUCCAGUCGAUGAAGCCAGUGCUGUGCAGAAUUAUGUGGAACACAUGCUGUUCCUCAUGAUGGAGGAGGAAUGCGGGCAAUCCGGUGCCAUGGGCCCCAUCUUGGAAUUUGUGGUAACCGAGAACGUCAUGGAGAAGCUGUUUUUGUGGAGCCUGCGGAGGGAGUUCACCGAUGACAUGAAGAUCGAACAGCUGAAGAUGUACGAGAUGUUGGUGUGUCAGUCCCGGCAGCCCCUAUUACAUCACAAACCCAUUCUGCGACCCCUGAUGAUGCUGCUGAGCUCCUGCUCUGGGACAGCCACACCAUCCGUGGAAGCUGAACUUGUCAUUCUACUCAAUCAGCUUUGUUCCAUUUUGGCUAAAGACCCCUCAAUUCUGGAGCUAUUCUUUCAUACCAGCGAGGACCAGGGUGCAGCUAACUUCCUGAUUUUCUCCCUUCUUAUUCCUUUCAUUCAUCGCGAGGGCACAGUUGGUCAGCAAGCCCGUGAUGCCCUGCUAUUCAUCAUGGCACUGUCAGCAGAGAACCAUGUUGUCGCCAACCAUGUCGUGGAGAACACCUACUUUUGUCCGGUGCUAGCGACUGGUCUAAGUGGUCUCUACUCUUCUCUCCCCACCAAGCUUGAAGUGCACAGUGAGGACUGGCACUGCCUGCAGCGAGAGGAUUGGGUUCAGGUUCCAGCUCUGGUCCAGUUCAUGAAUUCCCUUGAGUUUUGUAAUGCGGUAAUACAGGUGGCACAUCUCUCCAUCAGAUCCCAGCUGAUCGACUACAUUUACAAUGGCUUCCUUGUGCCCGUGGUGGCGCCUGCUCUUCAUAAGCUGACUGUGGAAGAAGUGAUGACCACAACGGCUUAUCUGGACCUGUUUCUCCGCAAUAUCUCUGAGUUGGCACUGCUGCAGAUAUUCCUUAGCUUCAUCUUUCUACACAAGCAUGAGACUGUGCACAUUUUGGACACUUUGGUCAGCCGAAUCAACACACCCUUCCAGCUUGGCACAGUGUCUCUCGCCUUGUUCCGGACUCUGAUUGGCCUGCACUGUGAAGAUGUAAUGCUGCAGCUUGUCUUAAGGUACCUAAUCCCCUGCACUCACAUGAUGCUGAGCCAGCGGCGGGUUGUGCGGGAGCGGGACUGCUACUCCAUGUCAGCUGCCAAAUUCCUUGCCCUCACUCCUGUCUACAGCUCUCAAGGACUCAGCCCGGAAUUUCCGAAACUGACGCCGGAUUACAUCCUCUGGUCCAAGAACUCUGGCAAUGAGGGUUCUGAUGAAGCCAUCCUGGAUCUCAGUGGCCAAGAGUACGCUUGCAUUGUAGGGCCGGGGAAGGUCAUGGACAUUGGUUACCUGCAGUAUCUAUAUGAAGCCCGGGAGAAGAUCUCACUGUGCAUUAAGGCCUGCCAGGUCUGGUCAGCUGCAUAUGAUGGCGAGAACCCACCACCUGAAUGCAUCGGCUCAGACUCGGGUGUUGAUAGGCUCAGGCAGUCCACUCCAUCACACCAGCCCCAGAUGCCUGGGCACCACACUACCUCUGACCGUUUGUUUCCUUCAGAGAGGAGCCAACAGCUGGAGCUGGAGUGGGACAACAGCUAUGACACUGGCAUGUCUCCUGACUCUGAGCCAGGCUCCCUGUUUUCGAAGGACACUCCUCUUGUCGAUCCACCAAAGCAUAUUCAGGAAAUGCGGAAGAAUGCCAUCAUGCUCGUUAAAGGCUCCUACAUCGAAGAGUCGGAUUUUCAGGACGAUUUCAUGGCAUACAAACUGGUUUCACAGAAAGACUCAUUGGAUACGGUUGACGCUGUUCUGAGCAAAGGUGGCAGUCCCGAGCAACGGGCAGUGAACACCUCGACACAAAGGGAUCAGCCAGUCAGCAACGGCCUCCUAGCCUCCCUUACCAAAAAUGAAGUGGAGCUUAAAAAUAAGAUGAACAGCAGCCUCAGUCAGCCGGCCAGCACCCCAGAGAACACAAAGGGCCAGAAACCCAACUUCAGGCGAAAGGCCUCAGGUGGCGAGGAGGAUGACAUCAUGGCCCAGUACAGUGAACUCCUGAAGGGCCUGGGCAUCAGUGCAGAAGGGGCACAAGAUGCUAAAGGGGACUCCGCCGAGCUCACCGUACCCAUGGAAGAAGACGACAUAGAUUUGAAUGCCUUCAAUGGAGAGCAGCCAGAGCAGGAAAAAAUGUCACCUCCCUUUGGCACCAAAAACUGGGCAGCGAGUAACAGCAGCGUCACCCGUGACAAAGGAGUGCCAUUCACCGGACCAUUCAUCAGCGUGCUCCUGUCGCGGCUCGAGAACAUGCUUGACAACUCUAUGCAUGUCAACCUGCUGCUGACUGGCAUCAUCGCCCAACUGGCUGCCUACCCACAGCCCCUGCUGCGCUCCUUCCUUCUCAACACCAACAUGGUCUUCCAGCCGAGUGUGCGAUCCCUAUAUCAGGUGCUGGCAUCUGUCAAGAAUAAUAUUGAGAAAAUCGCGGCUGCCAGGAAGGACUUCUCCACCCUGGUGUUUGAUGCCAAGCAGUACCUCCUCCACCGGGACAGCCCCCACUCAGAUCCUUUGGGGCCAGAAAAUGCACCAUCGCAUCACAACGGAGGUGGCAGUGGAACACAGGUGCGACUUGGCAAACAAACGAGGGGGGCUCUUCCUCUACCUGCUCUUCCUCCUACUUCUCCUCCUCUUCCUCACAGGAUCCCCCCACACAUGAGAAACUCAGUGUUUGCAGCUGUGCUGUUCACCGAGUUUCUCAAAGAGCUGGCAGCCACGGCGCAGGAGCACUCCAUCUUGUCACAUGCGCCACUGGAGGAGGAGUAGCAACAGCAGCAGCGCCCCCUGGUGGGGAGCCUUUGAAAAUGACUUUAAUAGUCGAAAGAGCUUCGGAGUUUAUUUUCUUAUAUUUCACGGUGCCUGGCACUUCUUCAUUGAAACGCGGCUCAGGUGGCCAUCUGCCUUUGGCGUGGGGUGCGGAAUGGAAGGGGAGCAUAUUUGCUGGCUUCUAACAUCUGUCGCAGGGGGCUUGAUGUGUCAGAAGCUGGUUCGUGUGGGCUCACGCCUAUUCCCUUUCUCGUUGCUGUGUUGUUUAGUACAUAUGUGGGAAGAUUGCGCAAACAUUACUCGUAAUGGAGCGCUGUACUAAUUUGGGAUGUCCUUUGCUGACCGGUUUUAAUAUUUGAGUAGCUGCAACACAACUGAGCAGACACCUGACAAUCUGUGAGCUUAAGGUCUGAUUUGUAUCGGCAUGGUGGUGACAUUUGGCCAAAACAGCAUUGUUAACAUGAUAGGGUCAAAACCUAAGGGGUAUCGCUUGGCCUUAGUGAGUAAGCGGGGCUUCAGGUCCCACACAUUCUGAUUGGUGUGCAGUGUUGUGCUGCGAGAGGCUAUCAUGAGGAAUACUGGUGCCAGUCGCAAGACUUGCCCUGUGUUCUCCUCUAGGAUUGCAGUUCUCUGCCAUCCCAUCAAAGGGCAUGCAUAUAUAAUCCUAAUGUGUGCCAUUCUUGAUUUGAGUGACUGCUGUGUGACCACAUCUGUCCCCAAACCCACACAAAAAGACUUGAUGCUGUGAUAGCCAGGAGAGGAACGCUAAACAGCCAUUAAACCAACAUAGCUUCAUCUAUUACAGGAGGGCAAGGAGCUGGCAUAGGCAACCAAGAAAGACUCCACUAUAGACAGUAUGCAUCAGUACAGGUGUAUCUUUUAAAGGGAGCAAGGAGGUGGCAUUGCACACCAGGAAGGACCCAGCUCUGGGCAGAAUGCAUCAAGAUAGCUUAAAGUAUUCUAGGGAGGCAAGGAGCUGGUAUUAAACACCAGAAAGGUCUCUACCCUGGGCAGAGUGCAUUAAGAUUGCAUAUUCCAUUCUAGAGAGGUAAGGAGCUGGCAUUGGGUACCAGGAAGGACUCAACCCUGGGUAGAAUGCAUUAAGAUAGCUUAAUCUAGUUAUAGGCAGGCAAGCACCUGGCAUUGGGCACCAGAAGUGACACAGCCAUGGGCAGAAAGCAUCAGGAAAGCAUAUUCUAUUAUUGGGAUGCAUGGAGCUGGUAUUUGGGUACAGGGACGGACCAAACCCUCUUUAGGAUGGCACACUUGGCCCCCAUUUUUUUGGAUAUCUUUAGGCCAUUCCUGGAUAUAAUCCUCCACAGGCACAAGAAACAGAUUCCGUAAAGACCUAAAAUUUAACCCAGGUAUCAGACUGGCAUCAACUUAGAGUCAUUAGGUGCAGCUCAACAAGCACUGUG